AUGACGAAAGAUAAAAAGCUCGGCCGGAUGUCCACGACACCGGCGGAGAAGCGCCGCUCCUUCAUCCCAGGCGGCAGCAGCAGUAGCAACAACAAGGAACACAACAGCGGCGGUGGAAGCAGCAGCGCCUCGAAUAGUAACGCCGCCGGCGGACCCUCCUCUUCGUCGGCCAAGCCACCGUCCUCGUCGUCCCAGCACGGCGGAGGCGGGUCGUCAAACGCCCACCACGUCUUGCACACCUCGAACCCGCGCACCAGCGCCGCGAACAUCAUCGCCCCGCCUCCCCGCGCUCACCACGCCCCCGUGAACUCCUCCUCCGCGAGUCCGAACCCCGAGGACGGCGUCACAGCGGCCGCGGCGUCGAGCAGCAGCAAAGAUGCCAAGGAUAAGGAGUCGAGACACAAGGAGGCCACGGGUGGGGGCAGCAGCAGCAACAACAGCAAUGCUGCUGGCACCGCAGCCACGACCGGCCACGGCGGGGGCACCUCUUCCACAUCGGCCCAAAUCAAAGACAAGGACGCGCGCAUAGCGCACCUGGAGCGCGAGCUCGAAAUCAUGGAACGAGAGUUCACCAAGGAGCUGGAUAAGCUCUCGCAAAACGAGAGCGAGACUGCCGUGUUCUGGCAGGCGAAGCACAGCGAUGUGAACCAGCAGUUCCUCCGCGCUGACGCCGAUCUGCGGCUCCUCAGGCAAGAGUCCGAGGCCCGGGACGCCGACCGCGAUGCCCUGCGGCGCGAGGUCGGCGAGCUGAGGGUGCAGGUGCGCGGGCUCAAGGAGUUUGUGAGCACGAGCACGCGGACGAGCGGGCAGACGUCUGAUGAGGUGUUUUGCGAUGGCAUGGCGAGGUUGAGCAACGGGUUGCAGAAUUGGGUUAUUGUCAACUUUCGAAGGGCAAAGUUGGACUUUGCUGCAGCAAGCGACGACGUUCUCGAGGAGCUCGGCCAGCUGGUCCCCAUGUACGCCGACCUCGAUUCCUCGGCCAAAGUCCACCUGCUGCAGUCCGUCGUCUCGCGCGUGCUCGUCGACACAAUCUUCAACUCGUACUUCUUCGGCCUCCCCAAGGAGCAGGCUGAGCAGCUCAAGGCCGUGGAACAGACCCUCUCAAAUUAUGUCGAUUCCCCAGAAGCAAUCAACAACUGGCGCUCCACAACCCUCGCCCUCCUCCAGCGUGAAGCGGACUCCAAAAUGCAAGCCGAGACCUCAGCAGCAACGGACCGCGUCAUCGCCCGCGUAAACCGCAUCCUCGACGCCGUCACGGACGCAGCCUCGGCCCCACCAGCCACGGGGGAGACCACCAACACCCGCGACGCGGGUCUCCGCGCCCUAGUCGGCAGCGCUGCGGAUCUCGCGCGGCAGCUCGCCGUGCAAAAGGCCGUCUUCCGGGUCCACAUGCCCGACAUUGUCCCGCACCAGCAGACGAGGUUCGACGCCGCCACCAUGGAGGAUAUCGGCGGCGAGGACGAGGAGGCGCUGUCGCAGCGCGAUAUCGCGUGCGUCACGUUUCCCGGCAUCAUUAAGCGCGGGGACGAGAACGGGGGCCACAUGCAGUAUCAGAAUGUCAUUGCCAAGGCUAGGGUCCUAUGUAGUCCCGAAUAA